CACACCUCCGCAUUUGACCAUAUUGCUGAUCAUCGAUCAUCAUCCACCCCAUUACGCUGCCAUAUUGGAAACAUAUUCGUAGAACUUAGAAAGAUUAUGGUUCAUCUGUUUCUUCCCUUAUCCACGCCAUCAGCACCGCCAUGCAGCGCAAAUGCAGCGUUGUAGCGUUUAUGGUACUUCUACCAAUGCCGAUGUAGACACGCUGGGAUGAAGGACGACAAGAGAAGAGAGAAGCAAACCGCGUGAAGGAGUUACUUGUGGAUAGUUUCCUUGCAUUUGGCUUGAGCCCUUGCGUCACAGGCUCGAGUUUCGGCCUAAACCUUCCAAUUGUGCUCUCGCAACGUUGCAAUGAACCGGCGGUUCGUGGGCUGAACCUUUUCCAGGAUCUCCAAGGCUACCGCUGAAGGUUCUUGCUUCGGUGUCUCGUUAUGUUGACGUAUCUAUUCCUUGGAUGCUGACCAUACUUUUGGGACAAGGACGGUCACUCUGAGGGCGAUGAUGUGGAAGAACUUUUGGGAGUAAUUGACGGAGAAUUGCAAAUCGUUGUAAUAUGUACGCACACCGCCCUGACUCGAUUCUGUUUGCUUAUUCAAAUACCCUCCACUCGAUCACGAAGAGCCAAGUUGGACGUGGGCAAGGAGAAAGUAAAACUGGAUACAGGAAGCAAGAACUCAUGACGGAGAGGGAGCGCAAGGGGAGGGUUUACCGGUUACUAGCGGUUGUAUUGACGAGAGGGGAACAGGUUGGGAAUGUUCAGAUCAAAAUCCGUUUACAUCAGGCUUCAAGCUUGAUCACUUCCUCCCUGAUGAUGAACUAGACACGAUUAUGGAGACGCGGAGGCUGCAGUGGGCUGCGACAGGGAAUGUGCGCAUCAUGGAAGAUUGUUUGGGCUGGCCCCCUACUAUUGGCCUACUAAGCGUAUCAUGCCAAGGCGAGUUACGGUAGCAUCGACAGUAACAUCAGAACUUCGAGAAGCGGUGGAAAUGUUUCUACGAACCGCCACAUCUCGUUUCAACCGAUCUUUUCCCUUUCCCUUCAUUCGUUAUUCACGUUAUAGGACAAAGAGACGGUCUUUUCAUUCCAACCGCCUGUCCAUAAUAGUGCAUCAUUUGAAACUUUCCUCUCGUUAAUGGCGUGUAACGAUUCGCGAAUAGCAAGAGCGUUUUACAGAAAACGCCGUUACCGUCUUGAUGUUCUAUCUAGGGUAUCAUGAACUUUGAUGAUUCCCCACUGCCAC